AUGCGCGCCCUUAAAUAUUCAACGCAUGCUCAGGAGGAAACUAACGCCGAGUUAUGCCCUAACAUGUCACUCGACAGAAUUUAUUGGGCGAAUACCCCACGGAAGACUCAAGAGCGGCGCCAGAAAGACGAUGGCGAAGUGGACGUUUACUUACUGUCGGACAUGACAACCAGUGCUGGCAGACCAGACACUAUAGUGUUUGUCAUCAACGAUCAUAAGCCAGAUGAUCUGUACACAAUACGGGAGCGCGGUGUCUACGUCGAAGCUGUAGUGCCCUAUAGUGUGCACACGAGACGUCCGCAAUCCUCUUCCGUCAUGCGGCCUGUCACAAGGCUGUACUUCUGUGUACGAUGA